AUGUUGCAAGGAGAACCUUCAAUAUGCAGAUCAUCUCACCCAAUAAAAUGUAUUAAUUAUACUAAAACAGAUGAAUCAAAUGAAAAGAGAGAAUUGAGGAAGGUAAGAAGAACAAAUAAUAUCACUAAUUCAGAAUCUGCGAAAUCUUCAGUACCUAGAACCCCAUUGCAAGUUCCGCGAGUCUUAACUUUAUUGAAAACAAUGUCCAAUAAGCGACCAAUAAGUAAUGAAGAAAUUCUUCAAUAUUCCGAAGAUAUAUCUGUAAUAUGCACAUUUGAUAAGUCAGUCGACAAGUUAACUUUAGAAAUUAGCGCAGAGCUUGCAAACAAACUUUCUUCUGUAUAUGAUACUAACCCUAAAAUAUGA